UGCAACGACGCGAUGAUGACCUUAAGACAGUCCGUAUGAUAUUACUUGUUGCAAUUCGAUCACUCACUUACAAAUCCCUCUUUUCUGUUUGUCCCCUCUGUCUCGUUGCCUGCUAAUUGUGGACUUGCCACUCUCAUCACAGACAUGUCAAACAUGAACAAGGUGCUCGGUUUUGAGCGCAUCAACGAGCGUGUAAAAAGACCCAAUACUCUCAUCAACUUCAUCAAACCACUAGAAGGCGAAGAUAAGGCGCUGGCGCAAGAUUUCCUGGAACGAGUCGCUGCUAUCUGCUAUCCGAUCAUGAAAGAGAAUCACAUUGUUGUGAUGGCACUGGAGGAGUAUGCACCCAACUCCGAAUUCAUUGGACGCAACUUCAAUGCCGGAGAGGUUAUCCAAUUGGUUCUUAAGGCUCCGCACACCAAUCAAUGGCUUCCCUUCAAACAUGUUCAGAUGGUCAUGAUGCACGAGCUGGCACACUGCAAGCAGAUGAAUCACUCUCGCGCUUUCUGGAAGGUCAGAAACACUUAUGCCGAUGAGCUGAAAGUGCUCUGGAAUAAGGCAUACACUGGAGAAGGUCUCUGGGGCAAAGGACAGUCUCUCAUCACCGGACUAUACAUGACCAACCACAUGCCGGAGGCUGCCAAUGCACCAGCCAAUCUAUGUGGAGGUACGUUCAGAUCGUCGGGCGGGCGGAAGAGAAGGAGGAAAGAGGACGUCCCUAAGAUCACCUAUGCCGAGCGUCAGCAACGCAGGAUCGCAAAGAAAUUUGGCGUCAAUGGUGUUGCGCUGGGGGAUGACGAGGGAGUCAGAGCUAAACUCGAAGCUGGUCAGAAGGGUGGUAAACCUGCUGUCAAGCCCAGAGUGGCCGGCAGCAAGCGUGGAAGAGAGCUCCGGGCAGCUGCAGCGCUGGCACGUUUCGAGACUGUGAAGAAGGAGACCAUCAAGUCCGAGCUCAAAACCGAAACAAUCAGUGACGACGACUACGAGACUGACUCUGACUACGAAUACGCUCCCAUUGAGAGGACCAUGAACCCAGAAGACGGUAACAUGGUCAGAGUGUGCGAGAACGAGGAUGCCAACGAUAAAGACGCCCAGCGCGAGUUUGAUGAGCUGCGAGAGAUUGAUUUGGCCAUGCCGAAGUUGCAGAUCGCUCCAUCCACACGGCAAGCGUCGAAGGGAAAAUCCAAGCAGACUAUCGUGUCAGACAACGAAUCGACAGAGAGUGAGGAGGAACAGGACCUGGACACAAGACGCACAUUUGUCAAACCACCAAGCAAGACACAAUCAGCUCCGGACGACGCAUCUACCGACAGCGAAGAUGAUAUAAAAGACGUCACAUCUUUAGUAGAGGAGACAAACAAGCUGAAAGAGGCUAGAAAAGGCAACAACGACAAUGCCUCAUCCACUCAAGACAGACCGAGCAGCAAGAAGUCACAGCCGCCAGCAGUCGACAUUAAGGAUGAAUCGACAGCAAGCGAGGACGAGACUCAUAGCGUCAAGGCUGCCGCAACAAAAACACCAUCAGCACAAUGCUCUUCUGUCACGAUCUUCCGUGAAGCAACCAUAUCCGUACCCACAUCCAUAACAUCAGAACCUGCAAAAACGGUCACACCAGCAGCACAAACCCCGUCAUGCCCGAUCUGCUCACUCGAAAACGAGCCCACAUCAGCCCUCUGUGCAGCUUGCUCGCACGUCUUGAAGCCAGUCCUCAUGCCAAAUUGCUGGAAGUGCACAAGCGUGGACUGCCAGAGCGUCGGAUACACGAAUGUAGGAGAUUAUGGCUUGUGUGGACUCUGUGGAUCAGCACGGCCGAGAUGAGCAUAUGAACAGGGGGGAGAUGAGGAGUAGCACGUAUAGUUAGCUGUAUUGCUUAGACGAUAAGUCUUAAUGCACAGGGAAGGAACCGAGUCUUGGUACAACAGAUAUAUUAAUCAAACAAUUCCAUUUAAUGAGUACAUGA